UCGGAUUGUGUCACUCUUUCACAGUCCGUGUCACACUUAAACAUCAGCUGAUAGAGCUUACAAUACAUCAGUUGUUGUUUUCUUCCUAUAGUCUUCUAAAGUAUUAGAGCCGCUCGGUCCCCUAAUAGCUUGCGUUUGAUUUCUUUUGAUAUCUACACAUCAUUGUAAUUUGUGUUGACAUUUUAUACAAAAAGUUAUUAUUUCUAUCUAUCGAAGUAGUGAUCUCAGGUUUUGGUAGCGCUAUAUUUGUAUCUCUGGCAUGACACCUAGCAUUACAAUGUUUCGAAUGGAUCUAUAUUUGGAUGUAGCGUUUUUCUGAUCUCGUAAAGUCUCCACUGAGCUAGGUGAGUGCAACAAUGGCCACUAGGAAAGACAAUCCUGGUUACUCUGUGAUCACCAGUGUUCGCAAGGACCACGAAACCUAUGAUAUAUUCAGUGACAAUCUGGAAAGCGAGUCUUACGAGGCUGGCUGCUUCUCGGGAAUCGUACGAAGACUCCAUCACUUCUUAAAGAGGCUUUUCAAGACAGGCUCCAGCCCACCCCCUACAGUGGCCAAGAAGCCCAGAAGUCGGGGCUUCAUCUCUUCAAUACUGUGCUGCUUCCGCAAGAGAAACACCAGCAACAAUAACAACAACAAUGCUCCCAUCAGCUGUCAGCCGCCGGUCCUGGAGGACAACUGCAACUCAAGGACAUCGGACAAAUACCUCUUGCCUACAGUCAGGCAUCAGGACAUGAACAAGAAAUGUAUUGUCAUAGACUUGGAUGAGACUCUUGUACAUAGUUCUUUUAAGCCAAUAAAUAAUGCAGAUUUCAUAGUCCCUGUAGAGAUUGACGGAACUGUCCAUCAGGUGUAUGUGUUGAAACGACCUCAUGUUGAUGAAUUCUUACAAAAGAUGGGAGAACUUUUCGAAUGUGUGCUUUUUACAGCCAGUCUGGCAAAGUAUGCAGAUCCAGUGGCAGACUUGCUAGACAGAUGGAAUGUUUUUCGAUGUCGCCUUUUCAGGGAAUCAUGUGUCUUUCAUAGGGGUAACUACGUCAAAGACCUUAGCCGGUUGGGUCGAGAUUUGAACCAGGUUGUUAUAGUAGACAAUUCACCAGCAUCAUACAUCUUCCAUCCAGAUAAUGCUGUUGCUGUUACAUCAUGGUUUGAUGAAAUGAAUGAUACAGAACUCUUGGAUUUGAUUCCUUUUUUCGAGCGUCUGGCGCGUGCCGACAAUGUUUAUCAGACAUUAAAGACAAUAUCAGAAUCGCCUUCUUCCACAACACCAUCGUCUUAGCCCUUGUUCAAAUUGGACACCUGUUGUAUUUUGUUUGUUUUCAUGCAGAAUGAACCUAAGUUUAAUGGAACUGCAACCAAAACUUUGCUAGUGAAGUGUGCAUUUGUGCAAGCCACUUUAGACAGUCCUCACUGGCAUUGGUUUGGACUUGGUGUAAAUCAUAAGUUUGGCUCAACUUGGAAUUGAAAGUAUUCAUACACUCAGAGACUAUAAGAGGCUUGGUAGGAUGUGCAACAAUGAGUGCCGUGUAACAUAAGAGAGUAUUUCAAUUGAAAACAAAAUGGUUGCUAUCUAUUCAUGAGGUGCUGGAUGAAAGUGUUUUUAAAUUCAGCAAGUUUAUAUGAGUGUUUCUGCUCAUUCAAAUCAACCAGACUUCAUUUCAAGUUGCAGCACCAGUUGAGGGAAAUCUGCAGCCAUGUUCAUGAAGCUAUGCCUUUUUAAUGACACAACUUGCUCCUAAAAGCAGCUUACUGAGUCUUCUUGUUUGAUUUUGUUCCCAGAACAUUGUAGGAACAAGCAGUUCUCCAACAUCUACUGUGAGGGGGUAUCUUCUUCUUCAGGGAACUGCUCCACUAAUACUUGCUGCAUCCUAAAUGUGCUCUUUUGGUAAUGUUUUGUUUUUCCAAGUAUUGUUGUUCUGUUGAUACACACUAUGAGUUCAUCUUAGCUCACAGAGAUGUUUAAUUUAGGCAAGUCAUAGUGCUGUGUAGGAAUGGAUGUGCCAUAAUUGUUUGUUUUUUUUAAUUUGUUAUUAAUUCAAGGAAAUGGACAGCUAGAAAUGAAUGCAAAAUUUAUUUUUAUUUUUUUUUGAAAAGUUGUAAAGAUACAGGUGAAUUAAAAAUAGUCUUUAUAAUUUUAAUUUUAAACUAAAUUUUUCAAAGCCUCUAAUCAUAGGUGAUAUUUUUAUAUUUCUGUGCAUAGUAUUUUAAGGCUUUUUUGCCCUUUUUUUUUAAGUUAAUUUAUUUAGAAUCCUAAGGAAAACAUUUUUAUUAAAUGUCAGGUCCAAAAAAGAUCAGGGCCCAAACUUAUGCUGAAGAUAGCAAAACAAUGUUGCUGAAUAAACGAAUAUUUGUUUAAAAUUAUGUUUGUGUGACGCCAUGAUCCUAUAAUAUAGGGUGGCUUACAAAUAAGGUCUAUUUCAACUUUUGAUUUUUUGCUUUACAGAAAUAAAUCAUAUUGGAGUUUGUUGAACACAUUAAUUAAUGAAUUCGUUAUAUAACUUAUGUAACAUGAAAUUGAAAUGUUUAUUGUAGAUACAGUAUAAUGUAUUUGCAUGUAUGUGAAAAAACUGUUCAGUAUUUCUUUUCAAUCAUUGACAAACAAACUCAAGAGUGACGUGUUAUAUGUGCUUUAAUACAUUGUCUCAUGCCUAACACAAAUUGAACUGACAUGGCAAUGGUAGAGAUAUUUGUAUACAUUGCUUCAGGUACAUCCUAGCCUACAUCUUUGUGGCUGACAAGUCAAAAACAAAGCUUCUUGAAAACAUUGCCUCAUGUCCUAACUUGUGUAAAGCUAAGAUGGCAUAGGCAGAUAUUCUUAUCAACUAAAUAUGCAACACCACUCUAAACAGUGACUGUACAUAGAUCCCCAGCUAAUGUAUGUCCCAGACCUGUGUUGUGUAGAAUUAAACACUUCCUCUGAACUUUCUGGCUUGUUCACUUUCUUAUGUGAAUAAGUUUAGGGUGAAUGAAAUACAUUGACAUGGCUAGAGGAGGAAUUGCCAACCCUUGUGAUCCACUUCAGUUGCCAGCACAAAGGAUUUCUGUGGCCCAUGGUUCAACUUUUUCUCUCAUUAGGGUGGCCACAAAGGAAUCUUUGGCCCCAUGUGACAGCCUUUUUUAUAAUGUUUUUGAGUAAAUGUGCUAGUGACUAUUAAAUUUGAAAACUACUGCUGUUUUUAUCAUGGUUAUAUUGAAAUUGGCUGGAUAGAUGGAAGACUAAAGCGUAAUAAUUAAUAAUAAGGUAUGUGUGCAAUCUUUCUGUUCCUUUUUCUCUUUUCUUGUGGUUUGGUUUGUUGCAAUGAAUUACCUGGGACAGUUACUAUUGUGAAUUAAUACCUUUGUAUGAUAAUGUUAUCUGUAUAUACUAGUUUGAUCAGAAUUUGGAAAAUGUGAAAGAUAUGCUUAUGAUGAUGAUGCCUGUAUUAUAAUAUAUAUUACAAUUUUUUUAUGUUAACAUAUAAUAACUCUAUAAAUAAAUAAAUAUAUAUAUAUAUAUAUAAAUAUAUAAAUAUCUAUACAUAAUUAAAUGGCUUAUUAUGUCCUUUUAUAAGAAUUUUGGGGGUUUGUGUCAAAUGUGCAGAAUAAGUUCUUUUUUUGUUUUCUGUUUCAUUGAAUUCAACAAAUGUUUCUGUAUGUGGAGAAAACUGGUAGAAUGUAUUAGCAAACAUUUAAAAGAGACUUUUCUUUGUUGAUGUGAUUUAGUUUCGCCAUUGAUUAUUCUAAUUGAAAUAUUUUUGUGGUUUCCCAUGUAAAAAAUUAUUUUUUUUCCCUAUCCUCCUGUUCAGAAAGUUUUCAGAUCAAAUCAGUUCCACAUUAAGUUAAGAUUGCCUAAAGAUUACAAAGAGGAUAUUCCCUUCCAAUAUAAACUAUGAAAUGUUUUAACAUCAAUUCUUAGAAUAAACUUUGAUAUUGUUCAGCAUUGACCUGAAAGGAACACAGUAUUUUUAAGCUUUAGUUGUGACAUAUCUUGAGUAUGUUCCCCUGAUGUAUUUGUUAACAUGUGUGGCUGUGAAGUUUUAACUUUUUAAAAAAAACAAAUUUCCCAUUGUGCAUGAUUCAACUAUUUGUAUAACUUAUUGUAUCAGAAGAAAAGAAUGUUUUUAAAAUAAAAUUUAACAAAUAAUA